AUGUCCACAGACACAAUAGCCAACCACGUCCAACAAGAGCUCCUUUCACUGGCUCUCCACAUUUCUGGGCUUCUACUUUUGUCAUCUUUGGAUGGAUUUGACUACCGACGGCGGCUGCUUCUCAUCUGGAACUUUCUCCAGUUCCGUAGAACUUUAGGUUUUGCUUCUGUAAAAUACUGUAAGCGCGCGCCCGGGGGGAGUCUCGUCUUCGGGCCUGCGAUCCCACGCUCUGCAGCAGUUUGCAGACCCGGUAAAGCCACAGGCCUGGCGGGAUUCGGACCACGCCUCCGUUCCCACGCCUCCAGCGUGGGGCGCUCGGCGCCCGGCAGAGGGCGCUCGGCGCCCGCCCCAGUUCCGGGUGGGCGUCGCCCCUGCCGCCGCCACACGUGCGGCUCCUUCCCUGCGGCCCCGCCCCACCACAGGACCCGCCUAACUCCAGCCCUCGCCCCGCUCGGGCCCCGCCCCGGCGCUAGAACCUGUCCCCAGGCCAGGUUCCGCCCCUGCCCCGGGCCACGCCCCGCCGCUGGCCACGCCCCGCCGCUGGCCACGCCCCGCCGCUGGCCACGCCCCGACGCCUCGCCCGCCCCUCGCGGCGCGGCGAUGGCGGCUGAGGUGCGUGCGUUCCUGGAGGUGCGGAGACGGCUGCAGAGCGCGCUACUGGUAGUGGGCGAACCCAAAGAAGGAGGCCUGCCCUUGGAAGUGAGUGUGAGGUGGUCCUCCCUGCAGGUGAGAAGCCCAGAGGGCUGCACUGACAUCCAGCUUCCAGCAGAGGUCAGGCUGGCCCCUUCUACCUGCGGUGGGCUGCAGUAUGUACCCGGAGAUGGACUGCACCUGCGCCUGCAGGCCUGCGCUGAGCCCUGCCCCAAACUGGUUUCAGUGUUUAAUCAAAGCCCACAAGCCCAGGAACAUUACACCUUUUAUUGCCAGUCCUGCGGUGAUGUCAUAAUAAGGGACAGAAGGCUGCUCAGGGUGCUCCCACUGCCCAGCGCCAACUGGGCAGCCCUGGUCGAGGAGUGGUGCUGCCACCCGGACCCGUUCGCCCAGAAGUCUCUUCACCCAGGACACGGUGACUGCUUCGUUGGAGAUACCUUCUAUUUGGUGAACUUAAGAAGCCAACCGUGUCAGGACCCAAAAGCAAAUACCAAAGUAAUUUGUAAGCGUUGCAAGGUAACGCUGGGAGAGACUAUGUCACCAGAAACCACCAAGUUUUAUAUGACCGAGAUAAUUAUUCAGCCAUCUGAGAGAAGUUUUCCCGUCAUACCAAGGUCUGAGUUUGUCCAGAGCAUUGUUGGCCAGCGUCUAGGGGAGCUGGCCUCCGCCCGGAGCACAUUCAGAUUCCUGAUUCAAGGUCAGGAUGGCAGAGUGUUUAUCCUGCUCUGGCUUCUAAACUCAGACAGUUUGGUGAUUGAAGCUUUGAGGAGUUCCAGAAGUGUCACAAAGUUCCCACUGCUGGAAGAGACAUGGAGAACAGACUCCACUUCUGCCAGGAAUGCUGUUAAGGUCCUCUACCAGCCGUGCACCAAGAGCAGAAACGAAAAGCUUGCCCGUGAAUGGGAGAGUGACAUCAGCGUCCACGCCGUCACCCUGCCCUCAGCAAGCUGCUUGGAACUUCUGCUGAUACUGUCCAGGAGCACUGCCACACUACCUGUGUCCCUCCGCCGCAUGAACUCCUUUCAGGUGGCCUUUCUGAAGAUGUGACGGAGGGCACUCAGGCGUUCUUGUUUCCCCAGACUGAGGGAGAACCCCAGAGGCCAGCCGUCUGCUCUGUGGGCAUCAGAUGCAAAGAAAGAACCAGAGCUGCAGAGUAAGAGCGCUGCGUGGAAGAGUUGAGUUUCCUUGUUUGCAUGUGUUCUCUAGAGAAGAGCCAACUUAGCUCUGAAAGCCCAGAGCCGGGAGGGAAGGUGUCCACAAGUGAAGAAUGGUUGCUGCAUCUCUGCUUCCCACCGAGAGGAACAUUCAGAUGUGUGCUGCGUCAGCACCGCUUGCUCACCGAGACCCAUCUGUCUGAGGAUGCGGGGAGGAAUUGGCCUGGAACUGCUGUAAAUCCUAGGAAAUAAACUUUUAAAGAGCUU